CUCCCCAGUCCUGCUACACUUUUUAUUGGGGGGGGGGAUCUUUUGUUUUCUGAAUCCUCCUUUCCCUCUUGCCCCUCCAUGGCUCCCUUAACCGAAGUUGGGGGCUACCUGGGCGGCCUGGAGGGUCUGGGCCAGCAGGUGGGCUCGCACUUCCUGCUGCCUCCUGCUGGGGAGCGGCCCCCUCUGCUGGGAGAGCGCCGGGGCGCCGCGGAGCGGGGCGCCCGCGGCGGGCCUGGGGCUGCAGAACUGGCGCACCUGCACGGCAUCCUGCGCCGCCGGCAGCUCUAUUGCCGCACUGGCUUCCACCUGCAGAUUCUGCCCGACGGCAGCGUGCAGGGCACUCGGCAGGACCACAGCCUCUUCGGUAUCCUGGAAUUCAUCAGUGUGGCAGUAGGACUGGUCAGUAUUAGAGGUGUGGACAGCGGUCUUUAUCUUGGAAUGAACGAAAAAGGAGAACUCUACGGAUCAGAGAAACUGACUUCUGAAUGUAUUUUUAGGGAACAAUUUGAAGAGAAUUGGUAUAAUACUUAUUCCUCCAACAUAUAUAAGCAUGGAGAUACUGGCCGUAGGUAUUUUGUGGCACUUAAUAAGGAUGGAACUCCACGAGAUGGUGCCAGAUCCAAAAGACAUCAAAAGUUUACACAUUUCCUCCCUAGACCUGUGGAUCCAGAAAGAGUUCCUGAAUUAUACAAGGAUAUACUUUUGUACAAUUGACGUGUGAUACUGUCUUUCCUGAAGAAUUAAAGCCACAGCCAUUCUUUCAUAUCACAGUUACCAUCAUAAAACAGCAAUCCUGGAAUAUAUUCAGAAUGUUAUGGAGUCUAUUUUUUCAUUAGGAAAUUGUGUUUGACAAGAAUCUUGAGAAAAAUAAGUCUUUGACUUGAAAUGUAUCAAGAUUUCUCUUUAUGAGUGGAUUAAGUUCCCUUAGGUAUACUUACUCAGCCCAGUAGAUGAAAGCUGAAAACCUAUUAAUCUGUGGAAAAUGGGAAUGCCACCUAGUUUGCUGCU